GGUCGUGAAAAUUUAUAUGUAAUUUAGCUUUUUGAAAAUAUUGUAAAAAAAUUAAAAAAAAAUAUUUAAAAUAUUACAAUUGUUUCAUUUAAUAAACAAACUGUAAAAAAUUCAAAUACGUUGUUCUCUUGUGUAAGAAAUAUGGCAUGUGCUGCAGCAAAAGAGACUGCAGCACCUACAGGAAUGUCUACUGGUGGUGGAGCAAUAGGUCCAACUGGACCAUCAAUGGUAACAUCACAAAUUGCAAAUAGACACCGUUUUGCUAUGGAAGGUGUUGGAGCUAGAGUUAUAAGAGGACCUGAUUGGAAAUGGGGAAAACAGGAUGGUGGAGAAGGCCAUGUAGGAACAGUCAGAAAUUUUGAAUCUUCUGAAGAAGUGGUUGUUGUUUGGGAUAAUGGAACAGCGGCAAAUUAUAGAUGUGCUGGUGCAUAUGACUUACGUAUACUAGAUAGUGCACCAACAGGAAUUAAACAUGAUGGAACAAUGUGUGACACAUGUCGUCAGCAACCAAUAUUCGGUAUACGUUGGAAAUGUGCAGAAUGUAUAAAUUACGAUCUUUGUUCAGUGUGUUAUCAUGGUGAUAAACAUCACUUACGUCAUCGUUUUUAUCGCAUAGCGACGCCUGGCGGAGAACGUAUAAUGUUAGAACCACGUAGAAAAUCUAAAAAAAUUGCUGUACGCGGAAUUUUCCCUGGAGCUAGAGUCGUUCGGGGAGUUGAUUGGCAAUGGGAAGAUCAAGAUGGUGGAGUCGGGAGACGCGGAAAGGUGAACGAAAUACAAGAUUGGUCAUCGGCUUCUCCACGUUCUGCGGCUUACGUUGUUUGGGAUAAUGGAGCAAAAAAUUUGUAUCGGGUAGGAUUUGAGGGAAUGGCAGAUUUAAAAGUUGUUAAUGAUUCAAAAGGUAACACUGUAUAUCGUGAUCAUUUGCCUUUACUUGGAGAAAAUGGGCCAGGUAAAGGACCUCAUGGCUUUCAAAUCGGCGAUAAAGUGACAGUUGAUUUGGAGUUGGAAAUAGUUCAAUCAUUGCAACAUGGUCAUGGGGGAUGGACUGAUGGCAUGUUUGAGUGCUUAAAUAAUAUUGGAAAGGUGGUCGGUAUUGAUGAGGAUCAUGAUAUCGUUGUUGCAUAUACUAGUGGAAAUCGAUGGACUUUUAACCCUACUGUAUUAACAAAAGUUGCCUCGCCCAUAACUGCUGCCCCAGAAUUUUGUGUUGGGGACAUUGUUAAAAUUUGUUCUGAUUUAGAAAGUAUAAAAGUCUUGCAGAGAGGGCAUGGAGAGUGGGCGGAAGCAAUGCAAUUGACUUUAGGUAAAGUGGGAAGGGUUCAACAAGUCUAUCAUGAUAACGACUUAAAAGUUGAAGUUGGAAAUACGUCGUGGACGUACAAUCCCUUGGCCGUAACAAAAAUAGGAUCUGCUACAUCCGAUGGUAAUUGUGUUCCAGCAGCUUCGAACGGUGAACGUCUGUCAGCAAUACUUAAGAAACUAUUCGAGCCCAACGUUUCUGGAGACGCCACUGAAGAAUUCGUUAAAGCAGCUGCGAAUGGCUAUGCUACUCGUUGCGAAGAAUAUUUAACUGGGGCUAUACCAAAUACAUCUACCAGCACAUUGGCUGAUGUAAAUGGAGUUUUUGCUGGUCAUACAGCACUUCAAGCGGCAAGCCAGAAUGGACACAUCGAAGUAAUACAAAUUUUGUUACGAUAUAAAGUUGAUGUAGAAAUUGAAGAUAAAGAUGGAGACCGAGCAGUACAUCAUGCCGCAUUUGGUGACGAGCCCGCUGUGAUUGAAAUAUUGUCAAAAGCCGGGGCUGAUUUAAAUGCCCGAAAUAAAAGAAGACAAACUGCUUUACAUAUUGCAGUUAACAAAGGUCAUCUAAAUGUUGUAAAAACAUUACUUUCUCUUGGUUGCCACACAAGUUUACAAGAUUCAGAAGGCGAUACACCACUUCACGACGCAAUUUCGAAAGAACACGAUGAGAUGUUAUCAUUGUUACUUGAUUUUGGAGCCGACAUAACACUAACUAAUAAUAAUGGAUUUAAUGCUUUGCAUCAUGCUGCUCUUAAAGGAAAUCCAAGUGCUAUGAAAAUCCUUUUGACUAAAACAAAUCGUCCAUGGAUUGUCGAAGAGAAAAAAGAUGAUGGAUAUACCGCUUUGCACUUAGCAGCAUUAAAUAACCAUGUUGCAAUUGCAGAACUGCUUGUCCAUAUGGGAAAGGCGAACAUGGAUCGUCAAAAUGUUAAUUUGCAAACAGCUUUGCACUUAGCAGUCGAGCGGCAGCACGUUCAAAUAGUAAAACUUUUAGUUCAGGAAGGAGCUAAUUUAAACAUUCCAGAUAAAGAUGGUGAUACUCCUUUGCAUGAAGCUUUAAGGCAUCACACGUUAUCUCAAUUAAAACAAUUGCAAGAUGUUGAAGGUUUCGGAAAAUUAUUAAUGGGGCUUCGUAAUGCGACAGAUAAAAAAGCAUCAGCUUCAAUAGCAUGUUUUCUCGCAGCGAAUGGUGCCGAUUUGACAAUUAAAAAUCGAAAAUUGCAAACUCCUCUAGAUUUGUGUCCUGAUCCUAAUCUCUGUAAAACUUUAGUAAAAUGUUACAACGAACGUAAAACAGAUGACAAUGACCUUCCAGGUAAUGUAGCAGGCGCAUCACGUAUGAACAUUGGAGCAGCCAAUAAUAACACCCAAGCAAGUACAUCAAAUGCAAUCAAAAAUUCGAUAUUACCUAAUGGAACAGCUCCAGGAAUAAAUUCAACUUCUACAAAUUCAAUACCACAAAAUAUAGCAGGGCCAAGCACAUCCAAAAACACAUCAACAAAUGUACUAGAUAAUAAUUUAACAUCAAGUAUGUCUGCAUUAAAACUUGAUACAAAAGUUGAUCCUUUAAAAGGUAAUACAUUAGAUGAAUGUUUAGUGUGUUCAGAUGCCAAAAGAGAUACUGUUUUUAAGCCUUGCGGACAUGUUUGCUGUUGUGAAACUUGUGCACCUCGGGUAAAAAAAUGUUUAAUAUGUAGAGAAACAGUUGCAUCUAGGGAAAAAAUAGAUGAAUGUUUAGUAUGUUCUGAUCGCAGAGCCUCUGUAUUCUUUAAACCGUGUGGUCAUAUGGUAGCAUGUGAAAAUUGUUCUAGUAUAAUGAAAAAAUGUGUACAGUGCCGAACCCAAAUUGAAGAAAUGAUACCAUUUACAAUGUGUUGUGGUGGAACUGGUACAGUAGCAAAGGUACAGGUAACCAGUGACGAAAGAAACUCUGAAGCUCCAGUUAUAAGUGUUAAUAAAUCAGGGGUCAAUGUUGCACCAAAUAAUACAGUAACAGGAACUCCAACGGGAACUAAUAACGUUGCUGGAUCAACUGUUAAUAAUUUCCAAAUGGAUGAUGUCCAAAAAUUAAAACAACAAUUGCAAGACAUUAAAGAACAGACGAUGUGUCCGGUAUGUUUUGAUCGUAUAAAAAAUAUGGUGUUUCUUUGCGGCCACGGAACUUGUCAAAUGUGCGGCGAUCAAAUCGAUGGGUGUCCUAUAUGCCGAAAGACUGUGGAAAAGCGUAUUUUGCUCUUCUAAUUUUCUUUUAAAUAUGUACAUAUAUAUUAAAGUUUUUUAUUUGAUUAUUUUGAUCUUUAAUUUAGAGGUCAAAUUCAAAUUAAGUAUUAUAUAUUUGAAAUUUUUGAUCAAAGAUUAUUACACUAAUUAACUCAAUUCUUUUAAAAGAAUUUUUUAAAACGUAUGUUAAAUAUUGCUCAAAAAAAAUUUUGCUUAGUCUUAUUAAAACUAAAAACGAAAAAAAAAAAAACUUUUUUUUA